AUGGGUUGUUGUAAAUCCAUUUUUUCGUGCAGUGUAAGAAGGAACAUCAGCCUCAGAAUUGAAGAGUGCCCAGACCCCUGUGAAUGUGAAGUCUCCCACCAAACUAUCAUUAGUGGGAACUGUAGUGGAAAAGAACUUAAUUCAGUUCCAUGGAAAUUUCCCCUUGCCAUCUCAAAAUUGGAAAUGAGCAACAACCCGUUGAAGGAAGUACCAUCAGGCAUAUUGAGUAACAAUACCAAGCUGUCCAUUCUGUUUUUAAGAACCAACAAGUUGGAAAAAUUGCCAUCGGGUAUUUUUGAUAACAACAUCAAGCUGACUUAUUUGUAA